AUGUUUCUACAUAUAACUCCUUGCACAAAGAAAAUAACAUCUGCUUCAAUCUCAGCUUUGAUAUCAGCAGCUGCAGCACUGCUCUUGCCUUGUAUUUAUGUGCUUAUAUGCUAUAUGACGGGGAAAAGAAACAGGUUUCUCCUCUGGAAAAAGAAUACCAGCAGCACUGAAAGGCAUUACGAGGCUAUGAUAGUAUCGUAUGGAUCACUUGCUCCAAAAAGAUACAUGUACUCAGAGGUAAUGAAGAUAACGUCUUCUCGCAAUAAGAAACUUGGCCAGGGUGGUUACGGUGUGGUUUUCGAAGGAAAGCUACAUGAUGACCGUCUGGUUGCUGUGAAAUUCUUGCAUGACUGCAAAGGAAAUGGGGAGGAGUUUGUGAAUGAGGUUAUGAGCAUUGGCAGGACCUCUCAUGUGAAUAUUGUUAGCCUGUUUGGAUUUUGUUUGGAGGGAUCAAAACGAGCUCUUAUAUAUGAGUACAUGUGCAAUGGUUCCCUAGAUAGAUACAUCUACUCAGAGAACCCAAAAGAAAUUUUAGGAUGGGAGAGGCUCUAUGCGAUAGGGAUUGGAAUAGCUCGUGGACUGGAAUAUUUGCACCAUAGUUGUAACACACGGAUCGUCCAUUUUGACAUUAAGCCUCAAAAUAUCCUUCUGGACAAGGAUUUUUGCCCAAAGAUUGCCGAUUUUGGUCUAGCUAAACUAUGCCAUACCAAGGAGAGCAAGCUUUCAAUGAUUGGUGCUAGAGGAACAAUUGGAUUCAUUGCUCCAGAAGUUCACUCGCGAAACUUCGGACUUGUUUCAACAAAGUCAGAUGUUUAUAGUUAUGGAAUGAUGUUGCUAGAGAUGGUUGGAGGCAGGAAAAAUGUGAAAUCAGUGGUUGCAAAGUCAAGUGAAAAGUAUUUCCCAGAUUGGAUUUAUGAUCACUUUGCUCAAGACGAUGGAUUAGAAGCAUGUGAAGUUACAAGUGACAUUGAGGAAAUUGCAAGAAAGAUGACCCUUAUUGGCUUGUGGUGCAUACAAGUAUUACCUAUGUAUCGCCCUACUAUUACCAAAGUUCUAGAAAUGUUCGACAGAAACAUAGAUGAGAUGGCCAUGCCACCGAAGCAAAACUUCAGUGGACUACUAGAAAAUUCAGCUCACAAUAUGAAUCUAAAAAGUGCAAGCUCUACGAGAUCUGGGGAGACAAGCCUUGUAAAUUCAGGAAACACACAACAAUGUCCACCACUUUGAGGAGGUUACUUGUACUACAGUAUAUUGUUAUGUUGAACAGGCUCAACUAAGUUCGACAUUGUACCGUAAUCCUUCCAGAAUUGCCAAUGCACAAUUGACUGGAAAAUCCAA